AUGUUUCGAAUAGUUGAGAACGUGUUCAUAUGUUUUUUCGUCACUAUCAUAAACUUGCAAAUAUGCUUGAGCGAACCUUUACAACCGCCGCCGGCGCUGAUGCUGUACAGUCCUGGAGAGCCGGAGUAUACGGAUAUUCUGGUUAAGAGGGUGCUGGAAAAUCUGACACUGAUAUGUGAGCUACGUGGCGAUAGUUCCCCAAGAGUGUACGUUUGGAACUAUGUUGGAAAUGGCACAGCAAAUGAAAGGCCAUUCACUGUGGAACCGAGUGGACCGAGCAACUCGAGUCAGCUACAACGCUUGGGACUGCGGAUCGGUGACAGCGGCCACUACAUGUGUUCAGCGCCGCCCUUCAGUGUCACCAAGUAUGUCCUCGUUCAACCCAAAGGAACGAAGAAUUGCGCUCGCGGCGCGUUCGCGUGUGAGUCGCGGUGCGUGCUCGCGAGCUACGUGUGCGACGGGCGCCGCGACUGCCUGCGCGCGGAGGACGAGGCGCCCGCGCUCUGCUCGCCGCGGCCCUGCGCGCGUGACGACAAGUUGAACUGUUCGUCGGGACGAUGUAUCUCGGACGCUGCGUGCUGUCGUGCGGGCGAUCCGCUGUGCCGCCAACCCGACUGCUGCGAUGAGCAUCCGCGCUUCUCCAGGCUCGAAGGUUACGUGGAGAUGGAGUAUCCGCCACUUUUCGAAGAUCGACACGCGCCCGAUGACUACGGCUUCAUACAGUCUACAAUCUACACUGUCACCGCUUGCGCACUGAUCUUCAUGAUCGCGGUGGUGCUGCUAGUGUCGGCCAUCUGCAAGAUGCACAUGAAGCGAGCUGCGCUGCGAGGCUACGCGCACGCAGAGCGCGCCACCGCGCACCACUACACCGCGCACUACGCACAGGCUGCACGCUUUCCGCCAUGCUACGAGGCGUCGAGACUAUUGGAGCAGAGUCGUGAAGCACCUGCCAGCCCGGCGAGAGAACAACAGGUCAGCACGUACAUGCAUGGUGAGGGCGCGGAGAGCGGGCGCUCGGAGCACUCGGAGCGCGCGGGCGCGGCGCCGGCCGACGGCUGCGGGCUCGCGCGCCUGUCCGCCAUCUUCUCCUCGCGCUACCGCCAGGUGCCAACCCAGUGCUGUGAUGUCGAAAUGACCGACGUCCGUUCCUCCUCCCUCAACAACUCACCUCUCCGGACUCGAACCCAGCUCACUGACUACCGCAGCCCCACCUAUUGCGACCUCGCCCACAUGCACCUCAGCGAAGACAACGCCCGCGAGCUCAACUACAUGGCAACACCCGUAGAAUUCUUCCGGAGACGAGCUCUGAGACGAAAUACGUUGGAAAGAGUAAUCGACCACAUCAACCAAGCCCAAAGACCUCUCACACUGCAACUAGGUAGGUUCCAACUUAGUAUACCUAGGUUUGGUCGCAGAUCGUCAACAGAACCACGCCCCGAUACUCCAAACGUAGCCGAAAUUAACAUCGAAGAUCUAGAUUUCGUCCGUCUCAACUCCAACGAGACUUACACACUGAACGGAAGGACUAUCCGACUGUUGGGUGGUAACUUUGAAAACUACCCAGUGCUCCCCGAUACAACAGUCCAGCCACCUCCUUAUACAGAGGCAAUGAGAUACAAAGUAUUUGGGCCCCCACCAGAAUACUUAAGUAGGGAGGGACUGAAUAGUGACACAAACAACGGUAACAAUGUUAACGUUGAUGAAGAAGCCAGGAACAAUAUAGAAAUGCCUCCAUGCUAUGAAGAUUUUGCCUCCGGUGUUGAUGCCAACGCUAACUUAGCAUCCGCACAAAGUAGCGCUGAGAACACUGAAACCGCAAAUAACUGUGAUAACGCAGAAGUUAGUUCAAACGUACCGAAUAAUGGUAAUGUGGGAGAAUAUACAGAUCAAGGUUCAGGGAAUGUGGCAGAAAGUUUGAGCUCGGUAAUUGACAAUCUGCCGGCUAUUGACAGUGAUGUAAAUGCAAACGAGACUCUGGUUCAAGUUAAUGAGUAA